CUCAAGAUUCUGAAAAAGGCGUGUUUCCUCCGGACAUUGUUUUCGAAACACAGCAUGUUGUAGAGUGCAGCAGUGUCGUUACCCGCAAUAAAUAUUUUAAAUGUAAUAAUAAGAAAGUCUCCGAAGACACAUAAGUGACGUUUUUUUGUAUACACUGACCCCCUGUCCGCCGGGCAUGGCGCACCCCCAGCAGACCGCGUCGUUGUCGACGGGCCCGGAAUCCCCGGCCCUGGGAGUCACGGUCAGCGGCAAUGUCCAGAAGUACGCCAUCAAGAAGAAGAAGGUCCUGAACGCCGAGGAGAGCGAGCUGUUCGAGCUGACGCAGGCGGCCGGCAUCGCCAUGGACCAGGAGGUCUUCAAGAUCAUCGUGGACCUGCUGAAGAUGAACGUGGCCCCGCUGGCUGUCUUCCAGACGCUGAAGGCCAUGUGCGCGGGCCAGAGGAUCUCGGACACAUCGGCAGCGGAUAACUCCACAGUGUCACACGCAUCCACUGCCCCCCCAGAGUCCAGAGUAGACGACUCAGUUGUGUCUGGAAAGAGCAGUAAAAUCCCCGCACCUCUCCCCCAGCCCUCUGGCCUGCGGCCGGCGAGAGUAAACACAAAGAUUGUGGUCUACAGCCCGGCCGACGCUUGCGCUCCUCUCUCUCAAGGUCCCCCCGGUUCCUUCCACUUUACUUGCUGCCUGUUCUCUCCCUUUGCAGUGCGCGGCAAGGUGGGACAGAGCCACGGGGAGAAGGCCGGCCGGGACGGGUCCAGCCAGCGCGUGCCACGCCAGCCCAGCGCCACCAGGGGGCAGAAGAGCGGGAAGAGCUCAGGGAGCAGCAGUUCAUCCUCCCAACUCACCUCCAGCUGAGGCUGCCAUAUCCAGCCGGAUAACACAGUCAGAAAGACACGCUCACUGGGACUCACUGGGGUCUGUGUGGACUGGGAGUGAGCUACCUGGAUAAGGCUCUCUGUGGUUCAUCCAGUUUGUAUUUUUUUUUUUCCUCUCCCUUUUUAACCAUGUUCAUGUAAGACUGGUUCUUGGAAAAUGCUGGUGCCCCUUCUCCACAAAAGUGUAGAUUAAAAAGCUGAUUCUCAUUGUUUUGUAAUAUCUUGUGUUUAUGUAAGGUGAUCUGUGUUGAGCUGUGAUUUCUGCUAAAACUGUUUAGCUCAAUAACUGUACUAAAACUACGGCAACCAUAGAACCGAAGGCCCUUUGACAAACAGGUGAACAGUAGCUGGUGGGCCAGCUGUUGACAUGAGGUUGACAUGAGAUCAGGCUCAACGUCUGUAUUUUUUAGUGUUUGUGUUAAGCAUUUGUGUUGAGGACCUACUUGGAAUAUAUUGGUAAACAAUGAUAAUAAAUCAACGAUUUAAAGUGCCAAAUGUUAAUAGAUUCACUGAGUAUUAAAGAAAAUCGAUAGAAACUGCUUGACACAUUUCCCUUAUGGUCCAUUUUGUUUUCUGUAUCGACUCAAUUUCAAAGCCCAGACAGAGCCGUCUGCUACAUACAGUAAGUGAUGCAUACCACAGUGGUGACUCAAAGGACUUAGGCAACUUUUCUCAGCUAAAGCUGGACAUAUUUAAGCAAAGGACCUUCCAUUACUGAAGGAGAAAGGGGUAAGGGGAUCAAGGUACCUGUGUAAG